CGCAGGCCUCAGACCCGCUCCCCGCCACCCCCGGCCCCGCUCGGGGCCGAGGCGCCGCCCGGGGGGAGGCGGCGCCGCCGCGGGCCGCUCUCCCCCUUGUCCCCGCCGCGCCACGCCCGGCGUGGGCCGUGGCGGCGAGCAGGGCCCGGCGGCCGCCACGGAAUGGUGGCGCCGCCGCUGCUGCGCGCCGUCAUCAUGGGCCCCCCGGGCUCCGGGAAGGGCACGAUCUCGGCGCGGAUUAUCAAGCACUUCGGGCUGAAGCACCUCUCCAGCGGGGACCUGCUGAGGGACAACAUGCAGAGGAGGACAGAAGUUGGAAUCCUUGCCAAGUCCUACAUUGAUCAAGGACGGCUUAUUCCAGAUGACAUCAUGACACGGCUGAUGCUGAAUGAACUAAAAGGUCUAGAUCGGUACAACUGGCUGCUGGAUGGUUUCCCUAGAACGGUUACUCAGGCAGAAGCCCUGGAUAAAGUCUGUCAAAUAGACACUGUGAUCGACCUAGAUGUACCAUUUGAAAACAUAAAAUGUCGGCUCACAGCACGCUGGAUCCACCCUGCUAGUGGCAGAGUCUACAACCUUGAAUUCAGUCCUCCCAAAGUGCAGGGCAUUGAUGAUAUUACUGGAGAACCACUUGUUCAGCGAGAUGAUGAUAAGCCAGAGACGGUUACCAAGAGGCUGCAGGCUUACGAUGCAGAAACAAGACCUGUUCUAGAAUAUUAUCGGGAAAAAGGGUUGUUGAAAUCCUUCUCUGGAACAGAGACCAAUAAAAUCUGGCCACAUAUAUAUGCCUUUCUCCAAACCAAGUUGCCAGAUGUGAGCCAGAAUGAUGCUGCCAAUCCCAGGUGAAAUUAGGUCUAUCUUCUGCUCAUCUGUCAUAGCACACACAUAAUCAUGAGAUUCAGCAGUCAAGAAUUUCUUGAAGUAGUACACCAGGCUGAUCAAUAAUUGUUCUUCUGUUGUCCGUAACCUACCUUUUGAUAAAAUGUUGUCUCCUAUGGGUCUCACUUUAAUGCUGUAUUUAAUAUUAGAUAUGCCUAAUUUUUGUAAUAUAGUAACUGUCUUUAACAAAAGCACCUACUGCUGUGUCUCUGUCAAUCAGAAAAUAUUCAUGUUUGGCAAUACUGAAUGGUGAAGGAAACAUGUUUCAGAAUACAGCUUAACUACAAAGCAUCUUUGUUGACUACAUCAUUCAUGAACUGAUUACCAGUCUGCAAAAAGCACUUUCAGACCAGAACUGGCAUGGAAACACAGAACAGAUUGGAAGGAACCUUUAACAAUCAUUUUAGUCCAAACUCCCUGCCACAGGCAAGGAUGUUUCACUUGAUCAGGUUGCUCAAAGCCAUGUCUAGCCUGACUUAAACACCUCCAGUGACAGGACAUCCACAACCUUGCUGGGCAACCUCUUUCAGCUCCUUACCACCCUCCUUGUAAAAAAAUUCUUCCUUCUAUAGAGAGAGGUUGGAAAACGGUCACUUCCUUUAGCUUGGUUGAUUUUGCUGGGUUUAAGUUGCCCUUGACACUUGCUUUGAUGAUUUGCUUUACUACUACAUUUCUAUUUCUGCCUUCAGCUAAAUUGCUAGCAUGAAAAAUAGUUUAAUGAUGUGUAACAUACUUGGUAAAGCCUCUGUCUUUAUGGAGUUGUGUAAGACUUUUUAGUAAAAAAAAUAGCAGAAACUGAAUCGCAAAUCUGGUAAGCCUGUAGCUAAGCAAUCUUGACCAGUGAACAUGUCUUUAUUGUCUUCGGAAAAAUAACUCUUCACAGAUGCCAGUGCCAUGAAUUCCCUUGGUCAAAUUAGUAAUUUUUUUUUUUUUUUUUCUGUAGUAAGUUUUAUUGUAGCAAGUGUAGUUUUCAUGAGUUCAUGCUACGAAUUCAAGUCUCAGACCAGUUCUUGUAUUAAUUUAUUCUCUAGAUACGUGGAUUCACAAACCUCCACAGGUCACGCUUUAAGUCAGGGUAAUACAGAUGUUGCUGUUCUUCAGUAAACUCUCCAAACCAAUUUUUAAGCCCACCAGAUGGAGAGUUUCAAGAUAAGUCAGCAAAACCUGAGGAUGAAACAAUUCUAUUUAAGUGAUGUCUGAGGUGUAGCUGCCUCCUCCUGCUAACGUAGGUCUCAGUCUCCUCUUGCACUGACUUGUUAACUACAAAGCUGUCAUACUGAGGACUACAUUUUCAUGUGUAACUUUACUGUUAUAAACACUGACACAGUCUAAAAGAGAUGGAUGCUGUAGAAUUUGUAAAGCCUCCCCAUUACAUUUCUGCUUAUUUCUAAUAAUGUAUUUUGACUUCUACAUAAAGCAGCUAUGCUUGCUUUACUGCUAGUCUACCUAAGUUUCAAUUAGCUGGAGAAGGAAUGGGGAGGACGUCUCCUUAUGAUUUGAGGCUUACUCCCACACUGGUCAACCAAUUUUAAUUACAGACUU